AUAAUUGAUAUUGUGCUAAAACAUAGUUGCACUUCUUGAAAUGGAAAGAAGCUCUCCUGGAGCUGGAUGAAAUUUACCCCCGUCCCACCUUUCAUCUGCAAGAAUACAUUUUUAAUUGUAUGGUGGCUCAGGGGCACAUAUUUAAAACAAAUGGGCAGUUAAAUAAUGUGUUGCCCUUCUACUAGGCCUAUAUGGGAUUUCUAACCAAAUUCGGUUUCAUGGAGGAGUUCAAUUUUUGUCAAAUAUGGAUCAGUUUUGGCUUUUUGGUAUAUAUAAGGAGCAUGUGAUUUUUUAUUUUCUGUACUACGUACCAUAAAAAGAUUUCUUUACCACUUCCAACGAGCAUCUUAAGCUGGUUAGUUCUAUAGGUUUUUUCUGUGCAGUGACUGUUUCCUGCAGGAUUUGGCAUUCUUACCUAUAAUAUAGUGAAAGACUAUUGGCAUAAGAAUCUGGUUUACGACCAUUUGAUGCAUAUGAUGUCCCUUCUUGGUUAGACUAGAAUAUGAUUUCCCUGCAGAAAAGGUGCUUUAUGUCUAAAGGACGUUUGAUAUCUCUAAUUACUGAAAGUUUAGGUUGAUCAUGGUUAAUCUGUGCUUCUUCCAUUUUAACCAGCACUUUUUGGGAUUGAAUGCAAAUCUAGAACACGAUUGAUAUUAUUUUCUCCAUAAUGUUUAUGAUAUUCAUUGUGUCUUCGUAAUCAGGUUGCUCUUUGCAAUUUUGGAUUGAAGUAAAUUAAUUUUUUGUAGUGAAUGUAUGCAAUUGAUGCUCCUUUUAGAAACCUUUCUGCCCUUUAAAUGCUUCCAGUUUAUAUAUUCUACUUUAUAUGCUUCAUUGGUAUCUACGAAAACUAAACUAGAACAUUUGCCAACUAAGCCUGAUCUAUUACUAGGCUUUCUCAUGUAAUUCCCAUUUCUUUUCUGAAUUGAAAAUAAAUGAAGCAAUUGCAAAAGUGGAGUUGAAGUUGUUAGUUGGCCCACGAACCUUAGCUGAAGUGGAAAUUACAAACACAAUCAUGGUAUUGGAUCUGAAAGGAUGUCUCCAGCAACAAAGCCUCAUGGAAGGGAUGAUUGGGAUGUAGAGUUUCAGAUUCACCGUAUGGAAGCAAAGGCAUACCAUGCUGUGUUGAGGGCUUUUAGUGCUCAAUCGAAUAAUCUAACUUGGGGACGAGAGGCACUUAUGACUGAGCUGCGGAAGGAACUUAAUAUUUCAGAUGAUGAACAUGGAGUUCUGCUCACGAAGAUUAAGUCAGACGAGGCGAUAAAAGUGAUAAGGGAAUGGCGGAAUGAUGCCCAUUGUGCUCAAGAGUGUGGUAAGGAUGCUCCUAGAUAUCCUUCUAAACUAGUGAGCAAUGCUCAACAGAGAGAAGUGGAGACUCAACGUCCUCCUGUUUCAAAGUCUCAGAAAUAUUCCUCAUGCAGUCAGCCUUGUGCAGAAGUUAUCCCUUCUGCUACUGCUGCACCAGAUGCCCAAAUCAAAGACAUUGGUGGAAUGAGAGUGAAACUUGGAAGAAACUUUGUGACUCAAGGAAACAGCCCUUUUUUGAACUUGAAGUACCAAGGAGAACUUAGCAAGGCUCAAGGGAGUGGUGACUUGGCAAUGCUCUCAUCUGGGAAUGGUAGACAGUCUAUGCAUAUAAUUGGUCGUAACCCUCAGGCACCAUAUGGUAGCAGAAGUACUGGACUGGUAAAAUCUCAAUUGAAGAUGGGCUUUCACCCAACUGGCUCUGACAAUUUAAACAAAAGUUCUGAUUUGAUUAAGAUACGUGCUACAGACAAAGUCCUUUAUGAGGUUGAGAAGCUAUUGGAUUGUCAAGAAAGCCUAGUCCCACUAAACGUUGAGAAGGCAAAGUUAAUCCUUAAAGAGCAUGAAAGAGCUAUCCUUGAAGCACUUGACAAACUGCCUGAUGUGUCAGAUGUGGAUGAUUCUCCCAAGCAAAUCUGGCAUAAGUAUCCUCAUGAACAGCUUCCAGUAACGGGACGCAAAAUGUUGAUACGCAAUGACUUCUAUGGAUAGGCCAGUAGGUUGACAUACUGAGGGUUUCUGUUCUAUUGAAACACACAUGGUUAGGAUUUCCUUUCAUUGGCAUUCAAGAUGAUGAAGCUGCCACUUAUUUUGACCUGGUAAUCUCGGAGAUUUGAAGUCAUGUAUAUAUAACUAUCUAUCAUAUGGUCCAAGGCCAUCCCACGCCUAACUUUAGCUUCCCAUGGUGAUCACUAAGAAUAGAUGUUAGCUUUUGUUGCUUUAUGGACAGAAACGCUUGAGACUGA